AUCAAGUGCAGUCCGAUACUCACUCAACGGCAUCGAUCAUGAAGGCGUUUAUUGUGUUGUCUAUGGCUGUGGCCAUUGCUUCCUGCGCGGUAGUUGACGAUUCCUCGAAGAAGGAAAAACGUGGACUCUGGGAACUUGGACAUGAAUUCAGCGACUUCGACGAUGACCACCACGAUCACCAUUUGGACCACCAUGAAGUCAAACAUUUACAUACAACCAUCACCAAGAAGGUUCCCGUUCCAUACCCAGUCGAGGUUGAGAAACAUGUUCCGGUUGAGGUGAAGGUCCCAUACCCAGUUCACGUUGAGAAGAAGAUCCCAGUUGUGGUUGAGAAGAAAAUUCCAGUAUACGUUGAGAAGAAGGUCCCAGUCCACGUUGACCGCCCAGUUCCAUUCCCAGUCGAGGUUAAGGUCCCAGUCUACAAGAAGGAAUACGUCGAAGUGCCAAAACCAUACGCAGUUCAUGUUGAGAAACCCGUUCCAGUGUAUGUACACAAGCCAGUGGUCGUUGAGAGGCCGGUUCCAGUGACCGUCCACAUCAAGGAGCACAAGAAGCAUUGGGGACUAUUCUAA